CGCGCAUUUUUCAACUUCUGGAAAAUUCAAUGUAUAUGAUUUAACUAUUACCAACUUAUCCAACAAUUAGCAAUAAACAAACACUUAAAAUUAAAUUCAAAGUAGUAAAUAAAUAAACACUGCUCUCUCCUUCUUCCUCGAUCGGAAGUUUCCAUAAUUAGAAACCAUGCACCCAGAUUCCGAUCACCCUCACCUCCCCACCAUCAAGAUCCACCACCACUCCUCCUCCACCCCCUCCGCCGCCACCCCCACCCCAACCGCCGGCGCCCGCCGUAAAAUCGGAGUCGCCGUCGACCUCUCCGAAGAAAGCUCCUUCGCCGUUCGCUGGGCCGUCGAUCACUACAUCCGCCCCGGAGACGCCGUCGUCAUCCUCCACGUGUCCCCCACCUCCGUCCUCUUCGGCGCGGACUGGGGCCCGCUCCCUCUCCAGACUCAGCACAGCCAGGAGGAUUUCGACGCGUUCACGGCCUCAAAGGUCUCCGAUCUAACAAGGCCGUUGACGGAGGCCGGGUUUCCACACAAGGUUCAUAUAGUGAAGGAUCACGAUAUGAGGGAGAGGCUGUGUUUGGAGAUCGAGAGGCUUGGUGUUAGCGCUGUGAUAAUGGGGAGCAGAGGGUUUGGUGCUGAGAAGAGAGGGAGUGAUGGGAAGCUUGGGUCUGUUAGUGAUUAUUGUGUUCAUCACUGUGUUUGUCCUGUUGUUGUUGUUAGAUUCCCUGAUGAUCGUGACGCUUGUCCUGCUCCUGGAGGUACUAAGGAUGCUAUUGUUACCGUUAAAUCAGGUAGGGAUGAUGAUGAGGAGGAUGAGGCUAAGAUUGCUGCUGAUUCGGCUCAUCAUGAGCACAUUAAAGAUGAGUAAUGGGCCCUUAGUAUCUCAUUUGAUUCACCCUCUUCACAGCCAGGUAAAAUAUAAACCACCAUAUGAGGAUUGAGGAGUGGUCUUGAUUCUUUUGAAACUCGUAGGUACAACAACUGAUGGAUGGAAACAAAGGGUUUCAGCAGAUUUGUGCAGAAGAGUGUGUGAUUGUGUGUGUGCUUUGUGCUAUCUUUUGCAACCAUGAAGUCUCUGGAAUCUCUUCUGGAUUUAUUAUUCUCAGUCAUCUCUUUUUUAAUGAUUCACCCGUAUGAUUUUCACAUUGUUUAAUGAAAAGAGUUUGUAUGAACACAAAACCCUUUUGGGAUUAUGAUCUUCAUUCAUCAAGCUGAUUUGAUAUCCCAUAUGAUACUACAAGAUAGAUGUUGGUUUGCUAUUAUAGCAUGUUCUCAAUCUGACCAAGUCAUUCAUCAAACAGGUCUC